AGGACAAAAAGUUAAGCUAGAUAAGGAGAGAAAACACCAUCACCAUCUUCUUGCCACAAAAUGGAGCAAGUGAAGCUACUAGGAGCUUGGCCAAGUCCCUUCAGUUACAGAGUAAUAUGGGCUCUAAAACUCAAGGGUGUGCCCUAUGAAUACGUAGACGAGAACAUCUUCAACAAAAGCCAGCAGCUUUUACAGUAUAACCCGGUUUAUAAGAAGAUCCCUGUGCUGGUUCAUGCUGGAAAAUCUAUAGUCGAGUCCAAUAAUAUUCUUGAGUACAUCGAAGAGACUUGGCCACAUAAUUAUCCUUUGCUUCCUGAAGAUCCUUACGGUAGAGCUGUGGCUAGAUUCUGGGCCAAAUUUGAACAGGAUAAGAGUUCGGUUUUCUUUGGCUUCUUUAUAACUGUAGGAGAAGAGCAAGAAAAGGCAGUGAAAGAAGCAAAAGAAUUAUUUGGAAUAAUAGAAGAGCAUGGUCUUGGAGACAAAAAGUUCUUUGGUGGUGAUAACAUUGGAUUAGCUGAUUUAGCCUUUGGAUGGAUGGCUGGUUGGCUUCAAGUUAUGCAAAAAGCUGCUGGUGUUGAAUUAAUGGAAGCUCACAGCUUCCCUCGUUUACAAGAAUGGAUUACCGAUUUCAAAAACGUUCCCGUCAUCAAGGAAAAUUUUCCUGAUUAUGACGGAAUGUUAGCUUAUUUCAGAUGUAGAAGAGCAAUGUUUGUUGCAUCACCAGCAUCAUAAACAGCAAUAAGUUUCCAUGCAAUAUAAAUGAAGCGCUCAAACAUAUGACUAUAAGUUUCCGUGCAAUAUAAACGGAAACUAUAAUUGCCAGUAUAUGUUAUACUUUCUCUUUGAAUUUCACUAUCAUGUUUCAUUGUGUAAACCAUACCAAUAAGGGGAAAAUAUUUCAAAUUGAAGUACUGUUGAGGAUAACACAAGAAAUUCAAUAGAUUAUCAGUUAGCAUA